AUGGGCAGCUCGGGCUCUCGUGCUGCAUCCACGGCCGAUCGGCCCGUCCCGCCGCCGCCGCAGCAGCAGCAGGCCCGCUCCGACGCUCUGGCCCUGAGCUCGGCGCCCCGGUCGGGUCCGCUGCUGGUGCCCCGCUACGCCAUGUUCAUCCGGCGCGCAUGGAGCAGGCUACGCAAGGCGCCGGCGUCGACCACCGCGGCUCCCUACGCGUCGCCCGCAGACAUCCGCGACGCCGGAGUCCAGCAGCCGACCAGUGCUUCGACGGCGGCCAAGGACAACGGCAAGGCCGCAGGAGGAGGCCCUUCGGCGAGGGCUACGUCCUUGAUGGGCGUCGUCAUGUCUUCCGCGGCGGAGGAGAGGAUACGGUGGCGCAGGAACGGCCGAGACCGUCGAAGAAGUUGGGGCUUCCGUAAACUGAAGACCAGGAGUGACUCGGCCGUCUCUAGUCCCGAGGGUGCGGCUAGUCCGAAGGCGCCUACAAACGUCGCGGCCGACGUCGCCGGCGCCUUAGCAGAAGGCUCGCCGCGAAGUCCGUCUGCCAACAAGCCCGGUCUGUCGCCCGCGGUGACGCUCGACCCCACCACAGUCAUCAGUGCGACGGCGGCAGCAGACGAUUACGCCUGCCUCGCAGAAGACGACAUCAAUUGGUCCACCGGCUACGUCAAGCUCUGCUACAUGCCGGACGUUCUCAACCAAGAGUGCAGCUCGUUCCAGGACCUGCGCAAGGGUCUUGACGAGUAUCCCGCAACCACUGUGCAAAGCCAGGUGGUCGUGGAACGCCUGCAGAGCGUGGAGCAGCGGGUGAACCUCCGCGAUGGCAGGUCUGUCUUCAGCGAGACCACUGAGCGGAUAUGCUACGGCCGGAAGACGGCGCGAGUCGUCUCGGAGGGCGACACCUCAGAGGAACAGGCAUGCGAACUCAUGACCUUCGACGCCGACGGCUCCAUGACGACGGCCGUCCUUCAGAGGUCCGUCGUCGUCCAGCAGAAGCGUUCCGGAACCGAGUGUCCUGGAUGGCAGACGUCUACGCCGGACAUCGCCGACGAAGGGCGGACAGUUCUCGCGGUCCCGCAGCAGCAGGUCCAGACGACCUCUACGACAACGCCCGGGGUGACGCCAGAACCGAUCGAGACCCGUCGCUGCGGCAGCCUGUCCCCUACGGGGCCCGUGGUGGGAAACUACUGUCCGGUUGGUCUUCUGAUCCAGCCUCACCAACAGCAUCAGCAGCAGCACCGACGUUGCUGGGGACAUGGCAUCUCCAGCGACGACAACGGCAGGGGCGGUGCAGCGGUUCAGCGUCGGGACUCGGUUUUCGACAGCGGCUCUUUCCUGUAUGCCCUCAGGCACAGUCCCCCCGUAAACUUCCCGCCCCCGCACCCGCCCGCAACGUCCGAACAGCGGCGCCAGCAGCAGUUCUGGUGCGGCGAUCGCGGCAGUCUCGAGAAUUACGCCGCUAGGGGAGACUUCAGCGGGCAAGCAGGUACCUGGCACAACCGUCACCGCCACCACCACCGAGUUCCCAGGGCGGAACGGUGUUCCGGUUCCGCUCCGAGUUCCGAAGACGACGGCAGCGCCUUCGUGCGGAGGACGUCCACGUCCUCGCGCCAACGGUCGGGCAUGACCGCGGCGAAGGCGUCCUUCGACGACGGAGAGGUCGCGGACAUCUUCAUGUUCAGCGACGACGACGACGACCUCUGCGCGGAAGACCUUUGCGCGACCGACAGCGACCACGAUCGUCCGGUGGUGGCGCCACCGAUGCGGCCUGGCAACAACAACCACCACUUUGAGGUCAACCUUGGAUCUCGAGAGAUGGCCGCAGCAGCUGGGGGUCAAAGGAACGUCGAGGAUGGUUCCGGGGACAACUCGACGAGGAUGAUAGAGUUGGCGGUGCGCAUCUGACGGGGCUGCAGUUCUGAGGGGGGAGAAAAAAAAAAGAGAGUUUAGUUGUGCGAGCGCGAGUGCAUUAAAAGAGUGUCUGUACCGUU